ACCUGCGUUCGUUCGGAGGAUCCAUUCGAUAGCCUUAGAGGACUCACUGGACUCGAAAUAGUUAGUUGGUUGUGUGUCUGGACAGUGAUUGCCGUACACGGUCAGUCAUGACCGCUGUGGCGAGAGUGGAUCGUCCCAAGACGAGGAAGGGCUCCAGGAUUGUCAAAGCUCGCGAACCCCUGACCAUCGAGAAUCCGAAGAAGACAUCCUUUGUGAAGGCCGCGAAUAUCAAUCAGAGGACUGCACAAAUUUUGAAGGAUCUCUACACACUCAAGAAGACGGAAUCUGUCUUCUACCAGAAGAAGAAUGACAUCAGACCAUUCGAGGAUGUCUCCCACCUCGAGAAGCUUAUGGCCAAGAAAGACACUUCACUGUUCGCCUUCGGUAGUCACAACAAGAAACGCCCGCAGAAUAUUGUGCUAGGACGAACCUUCGAUAGAAUGGUUUCUGACCAAUUUGAGUUCGGUGUCGAGAAUUACAAAGCACUCGACGAAUUCAAAGUUGCCAAGAUCGGUAUAAUGGUGAAACCCGUUCUCAUAUUCGCCGGGGAGGCCUGGCAGCAAACUAACGAAAUGAAGCGGCUGAAGAACUUCCUGAUCGACUUCUUCAGAGGAGAACCCAGGGAAUAUUUGGGAGUGUCGGGCCUGGAGCAUGCAAUCUCGUUCACCGCCAUGGGCUCGUCAACUAUUCUCCUGCGCAGUUAUAAGAUUCACUUGAAAAGGAGCGGCCAAAAGACGCCCCGCGCCGAAGUUGAGGAAAUCGGCCCUCGGAUGGACCUCAAACUCAGACGACAUAAAAUAGCUUCCGACGACCUCUUCAAGCAGGCACUGCGGCAACCCAAGGGUCUCAAGGUGAAGAAGAAGAAGAACUUGGAGCAGGAUGAUCUCGGAACAUCGCUUGGACGGGUUCACAUGGAGAGGCAGGACUUUGGCAGACUACAAACGCGAAAGAUGAAGGGUCUGAAGAAGAAGAAAGGACAGGCUGCCAGCGGUGGUGGUGAAGAAAGCGGUGGCGAUGCUGCCGAGGCCGAGCCUAUGGAAGCUGACGAAGUGUAA